GGAUUUCAUUACGGAAAAAGCCCACUCCGAUGACGGCAGUAUUGCCAUUCACUCUGCAGAAGAUGUUGAUCAUGAAUCCAACGAAGACUAUCCUAUGGGCCGUUGGCGUGCAUGGAGCACCGUUCUGGGUGCUUGGCUCAUAGUCUCUUGCUCUAUCGGCAUGACCUCUGCCUUCGGCGUUUUCCAAGACUUCUACACGACUACUUGGCUGGACAACCAUUCGGCCUCAGCCAUCAGUUGGGUUGGAGGAGUCCAGAUAUUCCUCGAACUUAUCCUCGGGCCCAUAGGUGGGAAGCUGUUUGACAUGGGUUACAUCCGUACAGCAAACAUUGCCGGAUGCACUUUGUUCACCUUUAGCUUCUUUAUGCUUUCCCUGGCACAGCCCCAUCAAUACUACCAAGUGUUCUUGGCGCAAGGCAUAGGCAUGGGAGCUGGCAUUGGCUUGCUCUACAUUCCCGCAUCUACCGUAGUCUUCCACCAUUUCAAGUCAAAGCGUGCAUUCGCAACAGGUCUUGUGGACUCCGGUGCAUCUGUCGGAGGCAUAUUCCUGUCCAUCCUGCUCAAUCACCUGAUCCACGGCUCCGUUGGUUUCGUGUGGGGAACACGCAUCGCGGCUUUCAUUACACUCUUCUGCUUCAUCCUCGGCAAUCUCCUCAUUUACGUUCCGCCGAUCAAGAAGACCGUCGAUGGAACCAAAACAACCUUCACGGACGCGCCGUACAUCCUAACCGUCGCCUGGGGCUUCGCGGCGUCGCUGGGGAUGUACUUCCCGGCCUUUUACGUCCAGCUGUUCGCACGCAUGCACGGGAUAAGCAGUGGUCUUGCGUUCUACUCCCUUGCUAUCAUGAAUGCUGCGAGCGUCUUUGGUCGCGUCGUCCCAAGUUGGUUGGCGGAUAGGUGGGGACUACUUGAGGUGUUUGUGCCAUGCACAACAUUGGGCGGCCUUGUGGGAUUUGCCAUGCUGGGCAGCACAACGCCGGCCGGUCUCGUUCUCUUCGUUGUCUUUUACGGUUUCUUCUUUGGUGCCAGCGUAGCGUUGUAUCUUCCGAUCAUAGACUCUCUAACACCUGCGGGCGCAAACAAGGGAAAACGAAUGGGAUUCGCGAUAGUCCCUGUGGGUGUUGCGUGCCUCGUCGGUCCCCCGAUAUCUGGGGCUAUCCUGGGCAGCAGCUACGCGUGGUGGAAGGGCGUGGUUUUCGCUUCCGUGACCGACACCGUACCAUGCGUGUUCCUGGCCGCGGCCCUGUAUAUCCUUCGGCGUAAUGCUAAAGCGAAGGCUAGGGUGCAAUCUCCAACUGGGGCUUGAAGCUUUAAAAAAAGUAAUGAUCGUAAUGUAGCACAACGCGACGACCCUUCCAUGACCUGCAUCUUAUACUCCUAUACCUGCAUAUUUAUGUAACGUCUAAUGUAUCAUGUCCAUAUUGUCUGCUUAGAAUGUGGAGAUUCAUGUGCUCG